AUGUCAGAGAUAGAUGGAUUCAAGGCUCUCUAUGCCGAAAGAGAGGGUGAACUUAAUGAUCUUCGAGCAAGUUCGGCGAAAGCUGCCCAAGAGCAGGCCGAGCUCGUUGAAAAGUUCCAGGAGAAAGCCGACUUGGCGGAGCAACUUCGGGAGGAGCUCAAGACCAAAGAGGUUGUAACCCUCGAGUGGAAGCAAAGUAUGGAUCGCUUGGCCUCCGAAAAAGACAGCCUUCGAGAACAGCUGGCUUCUGCCGAGAUCCAGCUUCGGAGUGCAAAAGAGGAGGGUCGUAAAUAUAUGGAGCUUCAUGCUAAGACGGUCGCUGAGUUGUCUAAGGUUAAGUCCGAAGCCGAUGCGUUCGUGUCUUCAUAUCGAACUGAUGCUGCAGCUGCCAAUGCUCGGGUUAGGGAGAUAUCUGCUGCAGCUGAGCUUAAGUUAUCCUGCGCUGUCAAUCAUGCUCGGCUGGAAUCUCGAAAGAAAACUCUCGAGGAAGUGCAUUACAAAGGCUUUGACCUUUCUGCAGAAAUUGAGAAGGUAAAGGCUUUGGAAAAAGAGGCAGCUGCAUUGCUUUCUACUGAUGAAGAUUCUGUCAAUGGCUUCGAGAGUGGGGAGGACGAAGAUGAAGUUCCCGAGGAGGAACAUGCCCCCGAAGAUCAGGCUGCCGAAGGCCAGACCACCGAAGAUGUAGUUCCGGUGGAUGCUACCUCCGAUCGAGCGGCCCCGACAAUAGACUAG